UCGGUUAUAGCGUCUUGUACAAAAACUUCUUUUGUUGCUAGGAAACCGAACCUCUGCAUUACUUUUCUUAACAUUAUUUAUUGUCGUUAUUGUACAAACCAAUCACUCAUAAUACGGGUGGGAUUGUAAAUAACCAUAAAUUAAUUAAUUGCUUUAUUUGCUUGUAUCCCUUUUUGUGCAUGUUGCAUUUUAGUUUUAACUAGGGUUAGCUUUCUGUUCGAUGCUUUUAUUGUGAAGGGGAAACUUCCGGUGUAACUGUUAACACAAAGACAGCUUAACGGCAGCCAAAAGCCCGAGGACAAGUUGGAGCUAAAAUGUUUCGUGUUGCUAGCAGCCCGUUUUCUAGAAGCACACGGUUUGGCUGAUUUUGAAAGCAGAAGAAGAGAGUGGAGCCUCUGAUGUGUCACUUCCUGCUGCGAUGCAGAGUUCAGUCUGAGAAGAAGAAGAAGAAGUUGAUGUGGAGGAUCAUCUCCUCGCUGUGACCAACAUGAAGCUGCUUCAGCUCCUCUGGAUCCUCCAGCUGAGCUCGCUCUCUCCAGUUCUUCUUGAUGUUUUCACUCCAGACCCUCUGACAACAGAGACGCCUGAAGAGUUUGACUACGACCCUUAUGUUCAUCACCUCAACGCUACAUGCAGGUGGACUCUCAGGAUGCCUGGAGACCGCACGAGGAGGCCAGUUCCAGUCUCACCGGAUUAUUUAGACAUUCUGACUAAGCAGGUCUGCAAGGACCUUAAAUGUGGAAAAGUUCAUACUGUGAAGAAAACCACAUCGCCUGUCAAUAGCAAGUGCUUCCAUGACUGUCUGCUCCGGGACUGGCACCUGAAGAGCUGCUUAAAGACGUUGACGGCAGGAUGCAUCGUGGCCAUGGAAGUGGUCUGUGGUCAUCAGUCCGUUCGGCUGGAGGGAGCUAAGGGUCAGUGCGCCGGGCGGGUGGAGGUCUGGAAGGACAGGAUGUGGGGCACGGUGUGUGACGACAGAUUUGACCUGAGAGAAGCCAACGUGGUUUGCGCCCAGCUGGGCUGUGGGACCGCUCUAAAGGUGACGGGUCAGAAUGGAUUGUUCCCUCCAGGGAGCGGACCGAUUCACCUAGACGAGCUGAACUGCACCGGGAACGAGCAGAACCUGUGGUUCUGUCCGGGUGUCCAGGAAAACUCCGACUGCGGACACAAAGAGGAUGCUGGUGUGGUGUGUUCAGUAUCUAAGGCGUCCUUCGGAGUCACCACAGCAGCUCCUCCUGCAGCCGCCCCUUCUCCAGAACAUCUCUGCAUCAUAUUUCUGUCUAUUGCAGUGCUUGGUCUGACCAUCCUGAACCUGGUUCUCUGCUGCCUUUUCUGCCACUGCCACGUUGGUUCUAACGUUUGCAAAGGUGAGGCCAGCAGAGCCGUUGGUUUGAAGAACCUGAUGAACGUGACUCUGUGGUCGACGAAGUGGAAACAAAAAUGGACCAAAGUAAAGCCUGUUCAUGAAGAAGAAGAAGUUGAUGUGGAGGAUCAUCUCCUCGCUGUGACCAACAUGAAGCUGCUUCAGCUCCUCUGGAUCCUCCAGCUGAGCUCGCUCUCUCCAGUUCUUCUUGAUGUUUUCACUCCAGACCCUCUGACAACAGAGACGCCUGAAGAGUUUGACUACGACCCUUAUGUUCAUCACCUCGGCAGCACAUGCAGGUGGACUCUCAGGAUGCCUGGAGACAGGAGUGGGGAGGCGGUUCCACUCCCACCGGAUUUUUUAGACACUCUGGCUGACCAGGUCUGCCAGGACCUUAAAUGUGGAAGAGUUUAUGCUGUGAAUAAAACCACGCCACCUCCCAACAUCAAGUGCUACCAGCAGUGUCUUUUCCGGGAUUGGCGUCUGCAGAAGUGCUUACAGGUAGAGAUGGCAGACUGCAUCAUCACCACAGAAGUGGUCUGUGGUCAUCACUCUGUUCGGCUGAAGGGACAUGAGGAUCAGUGCGCCGGGCGGGUGGAGGUCUGGAAGGACGGAAAAUGGGGCACGGUGUGUGACGACAGAUGGGACCUGAAUAAUGGCGACGUGGUUUGUGACCAGCUCGACUGUGGGAUCGCUCUCAGGGUGACGGGUCAGAAUGGAUUGUUCCCUCCAGGGAGCGGACCGAUUCACCUAGAAGAGCUGAACUGCACCGGGAACGAGCAGAACCUGUGGUUCUGUCCGGGUGUCCAGGAAAACUCCUACUGCGGACACAAAGAGGAUGCUGGUGUGGUGUGUUCAGCAGCAGAAAGAGGAGGCGCGUCGGACGGAAACGCUGCAGGAUCUGCCGCUUUCCGCAGCCAUGCUUCACCGGAGAGGACAGACGGCGCCUCCUCACUUUCGCUCCAUCCCUCCUCUCCACAACAACACAACUGUAACCCAGACAGUCAAAUAAAUGAUCAGAACAUAUCUAAUGAAAAAAAAUAUCCAGUGACAUACCUGCAACUGGCGAGAAACCAGACUUCAUCAGACGAAAAGGAAAACUGCGACGGGUGCCUCGAGCGUCUCCUGAAGGUGGCUCAGGGAUCUGCGACUGUGAUAGCAGGAGAAGAAGAAGAAGUUGAUGUGGAGGAUCAUCUCCUCGCUGUGACCAACAUGAAGCUGCUUCAGCUCCUCUGGAUCCUCCAGCUGAGCUCGCUCUCUCCAGCUCUUCUUGAUGCUUCCGCUCCAGAUCCUGGGGUCCAAGUGGCACCUGAAGACAUGGACGACGACCCUUAUGUUCAUCACCUCAACGCUACAUGCAGGUGGACUCUCAGGAUGCCUGGAGACAGGAGUGGGGAGGCGGUUCCACUCCCACCGGAUUUUUUAGACACUCUGGCUGAGUGGAUCUGCCAGGACCUUAAAUGUGGAAGAGUUCAUAUUAUGAAGGAAAUUGUUGCGCCUCAAGACAGCAAGUGCUUCCAGGACUGUAGGUACCAGGACCGCCAUCUACGGAGCUGCUUAGAGACGUUUACAGCAGGAUGCAACGUUACCACAGAAGUGGUUUGUGGUCAUCAGUCCGUUCGGCUGGAGGGAGCUAAGGGUCAGUGCGCCGGGCGGGUGGAGGUCUGGAAGGACAGGAUGUGGGGCACGGUGUGUGACGACAGAUUUGACCUGAGAGAAGCCAACGUGGUUUGCGCCCAGCUGGGCUGUGGGACCGCUCUAAAGGUGACGGGUCAGAAUGGAUUGUUCCCUCCAGGGAGCGGACCGAUUCACCUAGACGAGCUGAACUGCACCGGGAACGAGCAGAACCUGUGGUUCUGUCCGGGUGUCCAGGAAAACUCCGACUGCGGACACAAAGAGGAUGCUGGUGUGGUGUGUUCAGAAUCUAAGGCGUUGUUUAAAGUAACUACACCAGCUUCUCCGUCAGCCGUUUAUUCUCCAGAACAUAUCGCCAUCACAUUGCUGUCUGUUCUAGUGGUUUUAUUUGCCAUUAUCAACAUGUUUCUCUGCUGCCUUCACUUCAAACGGCACAGAAGGUCCUCACCUGAUGAGCGAGGUGAGCAGAAGACAGCAGACGCUGAUCUGAAGGUCCAGGUGACUGUGCCAUGCGUCCUUGAGAGGGGCUGGAGAUACUUCCACUCCAGAUAUGCCCUUGAAGAAGAAGAAGUUGAUGUGGAGGAUCAUCUCCUCGCUGUGACCAACAUGAAGCUGCUUCAGCUCCUCUGGAUCCUCCAGCUGAGCUCGCUCUCUCCAGCUCUUCUUGAUGCUUCCGCUCCAGAUCCUGGGGUCCAAGUGGCACCUGAAGACAUGGACGACGACCCUUAUGUUCAUCACCUCAACGCUACAUGCAGGUGGACUCUCAGGAUGCCUGGAGACAGGAGUGGGGAGGCGGUUCCACUCCCACCGGAUUUUUUAGACACUCUGGCUGACCAGGUCUGCCAGGACCUUAAAUGUGGAAGAGUUUAUGCUGUGAAUAAAUUCAACCUGCCUCCCAAAGACAAGUGCUUCCAGGACUGCGUGUACCAGAACCAGCGUCUACAGAGCUGCUCAGAGACGUUUACUCCAGGAUGCAUCGUGAUCUCAGAAGUGGUUUGUGGUCAUCAGUCCGUUCGGCUGGAGGGAGCUAAGGGUCAGUGCGCCGGGCGGGUGGAGGUCUGGAAGGACAGGAUGUGGGGCACGGUGUGUGACGACAGAUUUGACCUGAGAGAAGCCAACGUGGUUUGCGCCCAGCUGGGCUGUGGGACCGCUCUAAAGGUGACGGGUCAGAAUGGAUUGUUCCCUCCAGGGAGCGGACCGAUUCACCUAGACGAGCUGAACUGCACCGGGAACGAGCAGAACCUGUGGUUCUGUCCGGGUGUCCAGGAAAACUCCGACUGCGGACACAAAGAGGAUGCUGGUGUGGUGUGUUCAGAUUCGAAGGCGUUUUUUGGAGUAACCACAGAAGUUGCUCCAGAUGCUCCUCAGACUGAGUUGAUGACCACAGCUCGUCUCGUCGGCGUUCCGUCGCCUGAACGUCUCGGCAUCGUGGUUCUGGCUCUUGGACUGCUUGUUUUUGCCAUCCUGAAUUUGGUUCUGUGCUGCCUUUACAGGCGACGGCACGUCUUGCUCCUGCAGCAGACUCGCUCCAAGCAGGCGGCGCCCAGCGAUCCUCCUCAGAAUCUCUACAAGGCGAACCAGAACCUGGUGAGAGCCGGUCCCGUCCCGCUGCAGGCCGCCGUCCCGUCCGAGUCCAGGACCGCGUGGAGCCGGACCAGGAGAGCGGACAGCGGGUCGGGAGACCCGGACUGUGAGCCGUCUGCCAGGAUGUCCACCUUUUACAAUUCUCAGAGAUACAGAACAGACCUGAAGCCUUCAGCUCUCAGCAGCCUGAGUGAGGAAGGCUCCAGAGCGGCCACAGACGGUCAGUUCGGCCGAGCGUCCAGGAUCUCGGAGGAUUCCUUCGACUCGUCCAGCACCUCGUCUGGCGAAUGCUACGAAAACGUGAUUCCCAGCCAGAACCCGACCCGGUCAGGCGGGUCCACAAGCCAACAGAACCUGACAUCAGAAUCGGGUCAGAACCGGGCUGGGAGCCCGCCACCCUACACAAACACUGGUUUCCAGUUUGCACUGGGAGGGAAGGGGGCGGAGCCAAGCUCAGGUAAAGGUCAGCGAGAGACGACCUCACACGUCCAUCGGCACGAUGCUGACGCUCCUCUGUCGCUAGGUGAUGAUGAAGAUGAUUAUUGUCCUGUGAGCCCAGACUGAAAACCUUCAUCUGAUGAUGAUGAUGGGAAGGAAGGACAUCCUCCCCUCCCCCCCAGAGGAACAUUCAUGGAUUCAUCUUCAGAUUGUGAAACAAUUAGAAGCAGAAAUCAGAUUUUCAUUCCUGAUCAGAAAUUGGAUCAGACUUUGGUCCAAUCAG